GGCGGAAUAGACUGGAGUCGAGGGGCGAAGGCACACACCCACGGCUCUGUAUAGCGAUGAGACAAAAGAAACGAAGAAAGGAAAAGAAAGAAAGGAAAAUAAAAGGAAGAAAGAAGAAGGAAGAAAGAGAAGAGGAAGAGAAGAAGAAGUGGAAAAGAGAAAGUCAGUGUGGUGGAGGCAGUCGGGAAGCAGAGCGAAUCCACCUGCGGAAUAAGCGGAGUGUGGGGGAAGAGCAGCAGCAGUCGGGGCACCGGACCGGAAAGCGACGACGGCGAGGAGAAAGAGAGGAAGAAAGAAGGAAAAGGCAAAAGGCGACAGGUCGGGUAGGGACGGGGAGUGGAGGUGAAGAUCGAGAUGGAGAAGAGGGAAGAAGAAAAGAAACGAGAUGAAGAUGGAGAGCAUCUGGUGGUUCUCCAAGAAAACCGGGGGAAGCAGCAGGGGGAAUUUGCGGAGGCCCGAUGGUUACAUAUGCAAGGACGCGGUCUACUACUAUUACUACACU